AGGAUUCUGGGAGCUCCUUAGGUUGGAGCUGGCUUAGGUUUUGCUGAGAGGCCUGUGGAGGACUGGAGCUCUGUUCAUCAUGGACAUCGAGGCAACUGUGCAGAAAUGCAGGCAGCCCCUGAGACACAGCAAGGAGGAGCUGAACAGGCUCAACCAGGCCAUCCAGCAGCUGACCUUGGAGCUGGACAGCACCAAGAGUCAGCCUGGUGAACUAGAGAGAGCCAAGGACCCACCAGCUGUGCAGGAGGAAGGGGACUCUGGCAGUGCCAAGUGCAAGCUGGCUUGGCUGGAGGCUGCCCUGCAGCGGGCCAAGCAGGUCAUGGUGAGGCAGCUGUGUGAGUACCAGGAGCUCAUGAUGGUCAAGCUGGGCCUGGACCUGGAGAUCGCCACCUACAAGCGGCUGCUGGAGGGCCAGGAGAGCAGGACUGGUCUGGGAUGUGGGGCAGGGAAGUUCACCUUGGGCAGUGUUCAACCUGGAUCUCCACCAGCCUGCUCCUGUCCAUGGCGGGUUUCAGUGCCCUGGGAACGAGCGCCCCUUGCGGCCACUGCUUGCACCACGGCUCCCGGGACUGUGUCAGGGACAACAACUUCAGUUGAAGAAGUUGAAGAAUGUUUUCUGUCUUACCCUGCAGAAGUCAAGAAACACUAGCUUCUGAUCGAAAGCUGAGACCCUGUGUCUCAGAUGCCCCCUCCCAUGGAGCUGGCCCUCAUUUCACCCCUUCCUGUUGCCCAUGACCCCAGAUGGAAAUGCCUUUUGGACUUCACUGGAUGGUCACAGAUUCACCCCUGCACUGAAAUGGUUUGAAUGCUGCACUAUUGCAUAGGCAUGCUCUGAGGCUUACCCAUCCCUAUCCUCAGCCCUCAGAGCUAUUCCCACUCCUCUUCCCCUGGGUCCCCUUUGCAAUAAAAAGUUCUUAUGUGGCUUGAAA